AUAUCUUCGAUUCUGAUUCUGAUUUUUUCUUCAUGGAUUCGUAUAGCCAAUAAGGUUUUUCAAUCUUCAAAACAAAAACCCAAUCAAAAUAAUCUCGUGACCAGUUUCUCUUUCGAUUCAGUCGGACCGAAAAAAAUGGCGUCUUUGAACCCUUUCGAUCUCCUGGACGAUGACGCAGAGGAUCCCAGCCAGAUUGUUGCUGCUAAGCCAUUGAAGGUUGCUGCUCCGGUUCAGCCGGCUAAGUCUGGUAAGAUGCCGACUAAGCCGCCUCCUCCUGCUCAAGCCGUGAGGGAGGCCAGGAACGCUCCUGUUGGAGGUCGUGGUGGUGGACGUGGAGAGGGUUAUGGUCGUGGUGGACGUGGGGGUUACAACAGGGAUUCAAGGAACAAUGAUGCUCCGGCCAAUGAAAACGGAUAUGGUGGAGGCUACAGACGCUCAGAAGAAGGAGAUGGAGCGAGACGUGGUGGGCCUGUUGGUGGUUACCGUGGUGGUGAUCGCCGUGGAGGCUACAGCAAUGGUGAUUCUGGUGACUUUGAACGUCCACGCAAGAACUAUGAGCGUCACAGUAGAACAGCUCACGGAAAUGAGGUUAAACGUGAUGGAGCUGGCCGUGGCAACUGGGGAACCACUCAGGAUGAUAUUGCUCCGGUGACUGAAGAAUCCACAGCUGUUGUGGACAAGAAUUUGACUGUUGAGAAGCAAGAUGGUGAAGGUGAAGCAACUGAUGCAAACAAAGAGACACCUGCUGAAGUGAAAGCAGAGGAAAAGCCUGAGGACAAGGAGAUGACUUUGGAAGAGUAUGAGAAGGUUUUGGAGGAGAAGAAGAAAGCUCUGCAGGCAACCAAGGUUGAGGAGAGGAAGGUUGACACUAAAGCAUUUGAGGCCAUGCAACAGCUCUCAAGCAAAAAGAGCAACAAUGAUGAAGUCUUCAUCAAACUGGGAACAGAGAAGGACAAGCGUGUUACUGAGAGAGAAGAGAAGACAAGGAAGUCAUUGAGCAUCAAUGAGUUUCUGAAACCUGCGGAUGGAAAGAAUUACAGACCAAGAGGUGGAAGGGAAGGACGUGGACCAAGAGGAGAAGGAAACCAGAAGGACGGAGGAGGAAACCAGAGGGACGGAGGUAGAAACCCAAGGGAAGGCGGGAGAAACCAGAGGGACGGAGGAGCAGCUGCACGGGCACCAGCACCUGCACCGGCACCGGCCAUUGGGGACACUGCACAGUUCCCUACUUUGGGUAAGUAAGGCAGGCUCUCGGGUUUGGUCCUUCAGCCUCUGUCUGGACUCUUUUGUCUCUGUAAUAUCUCUCAGUCGGUUUGGAUUUUGUUCUUCUGCUAUUUUUAUUGUUAUACUCUUCCCUUUAGAGAGCUCAGAGCUGGAGUUUUUUUGUUUUACGAACCCAAUUUUGGGAGUUUCAAAGUUCAAUGAGGCUAAAAAAUCAACCAUUCUCCAUUUU